GUAUGCUCAUAGUUCGCGACGCGCUUGUUAUUUUUUGCAGUGGGUUCAUUAAGCUUCGGAGUUUGACAAUUAAAGCUGAAUUUAACCCGUCGGCAAAAUGUCUUUCAACGACGAUGACACCUCUGACACGGGAAUGACUGGUCAAUCAAAGCUGGAGAGCUUCCUGUUCAGUCAGGAGCUGUCGUCGAAAGUCCCUUUCUUCACUUUCCAGGGAGAUGAGGAUGAGGAGCUGGAGCACUUCCUUGAACUCAGAACAAUUUGCCUGGGAGAGGGUGCCAAAGAGGAGAAUAACGUGGUGGAAGUUACAGCCAUGAACCACCAAGGAAAGAACAUUUCAGUGCCCAUUGCCAACCUUCACAUCAGCUGUCUGCCCAUGGUGAGUCUGGGAGAAUUUGAGCUGAAAGCCCCAGUGACUUUCCGGCUCAAGGCCGGGACCGGCCCAGUAACUGUCAACGGGCUACAUCUCAUAGCCUCACAGGUCGGAGAGUCUGACCUCUCCGAGGAGGAUGAAGAUGAUUUUGAUGAGGAGGAAGAGGACGACGAGGAGAUCACCCCCAUUAAACCAGCGAAGAAGAAACUGAAGCAGUAGGUGGAGAGGUCGCUGAUGGCUUUUGGAGCAGCCUCAGUGGCGUUCUUUGAGAAUUGAGGUUUUUGUACCGGAUGGACACAUGUUCUUCUAAAGCUGUCACUGCUUCACUCGUCAGUUUCUCACUGUUCUCUGCAGUUUAUUUCACUGCAGCUUGGACUUUCACUUUAAGAGCUGUUUUUGCUUUUAGCGCGGAUCAGCCUUUUAUACUGUAUCAGAUACAGUCAAAACUUCCAUGGAUUUAUCGCAUCAGUGAUGGGAAAUGUGUCGUUUACUUCAGGAUUCUUGAAUUUUUUGACUAUGAUAUAAACAAAACCAGUUGUGUGUUUGGGUACGUUAUGUGUGUGUUGAAUGAAUGAAGCAGAUUUAAACACAUUUACGCAGCUAAUUCAAGAUACUUGGUUCCGUUUAAGAAUCAAACUUUCACUUGUAUGUAGUUCCAAAAUACCGUUUUCUAUGUGAUAUGUCUAAAAUGUGAAGAUUUUGUAAUUAAAGCUGAACACAUCAA